AUGUUGCGGGCAAAACCAGGUGUUGCUUAUUUGCCCGUAUCUGCCAACAACUUGAAACAUCGCGGGUUGGAGGAAUUCACAGAAGACAUCAAAGUAAUCACAGCUUGGCCACCAAAGGAAGAGCAGGAAAAAGUCCCAUCCCAACUCUCCUACUCCGUCACGCCUAAAGGCUGUGCACAGUAUGGCUACGACAUUGACGAUAACUCCCUGGUGUUGAAGAAGACAAAGAUUCAGCUCGAGGCAAUGGGCACUCGCCUCGACGAGCUGCGGACCCUGAGCGAGUUGCUCAAGGAACUUCGCGAUCUGGACCUCAGCGAGGAGGAAGUGAUCGAGAACGGCAUUCCCGAGCAUCUUGCCAAAGAACCCGAGGAGAUUGUCAAGGACUACUUAAACGAGGUUGCAGAGAAGACAGAAAAGAUCAUCACCACUGAGCUUGGCAGACAUGUGCUGUCAAAUGUUGCCAUAGACUUGGCUGUCACUCAUCCAGCAGUAAACCGAGCCCUCAACUCUACGUACCGUGCCGUUCGGGCAGCCUUUAAUCAUGACCUCUUCCCCAAGCUGGAGAACAUUUCAUUUGUCUCUGAGCCGGUUGCCUGUGCUCACUUUACGCUUCGUGAGGCAUGGAAGAACAACCGGGUGCGGUUCAGAAAGGUACGAGCCCGCAGUUUAUGGCUACCUUGGCCAGUGUUGAACUUGACUGAUAAGGCAAAACAGAAUGAUUGUUUCAUUGUGGUCGAUGCUGGCGGUGGGACCGUUGAUCUUGCUUGUUACAAAGUUGUGGACAUUGACUACGAGAAGAAGGAGAUGAAGCUGGACCAAGUCGGAAAUCCUUUGGGCGCUACUUGUGGGUCGACUUGCGUCGACGAUGACUUCGAGGCUUUCGCAGCGUACCAGUUAGGCGACAAGGCCUGGCAGCAGCUCACCACGGAAGGUGUCAAGCAUGCUGCUGGAGGGCAUACUAUCAUGAGGCCUACACUUCGUGGCAUACAAGAGAAGUUCCAGGUCAUCAAGCACAGUUACGACGGAAAGGAAAGCGGAUUAACAGCUCCUAUCUAUUUGCCCAAGAGCUUCCGCAUCUCUGAGGAAAUGAAAGGUGUCUCGAACGGAGCGCUGAGUAUAACACCGGCCGACCUGAAAAAGAUGUUUGACCGAUCGGUCAACAAGACUGUCUAUCUUAUUCAGCAAGCUGUAACUCAAAUCAAGCUGGGAGAAGAGCUUACGGUCAAGACCGUCUUCCUUUCUGGCGGGUUUGCGCAGAACAAAUACCUGAUCCAAAGGGUCAAGGAGUUUUGCACCAAGCAAAAGAUUGAGCUUGAAGAAGGAAACGGCUCGUGGGCUGCCGUCGCCAGAGGUGCCAUCAUCAAGUCUCUGGGUGUCUACACUGAGAAGCCCAAGCAUGUUAUAAGCUGCCCACGAUAUUACGGCAUCAAGGUGCGCAGGCCAUUCGCUUCGUACGAGAACCACGCCCGCAGCGACAUCGAUGUCGAUGCCCAAGGCAUCCAAUGGGCAACGGACCAAAUCCGUUGGUUUAUCCAAAAAGGCGACGCGAUUCUCCCCAACAAACCCACAGUGGCAAGAUACGAAUUACACUUCUCGAUGAACGCAAGCGAAUUCCCUGGCACACAGUUGCAGAACAAACGAGGUGGGCGCGGAGUACCACAACAGCCGGCGGCCGUCUUUCGGGAUGUUGUAUUUUUGUCCUCGUCAAGAGACAAGGCACCGACAGCGAUGAGCAUGGUCAAAGAGGGUACGCACAGGUCAUGGCAAAUGUUGAUGAUGAUUAACCCUUUGCUAAUAUCCAACCUAGAGUCUGAACAGAUGUAUACAUUGAAGGUCAAUUUGACCGAUGUUCCGCAGGCACAUAUUGUUCCCGUGGAGACGGGAAACAAACAACAAGGGAGGCAGUUGCAGUUCCAUGUCGUGGUUGAGAUUCAGGUGUUUGACGAGGUGACUGUAAGCAUCAAGAGUGGGGAGACUACAUUGGCGUCGAGGAAGAUAGCCUUGGAAUAG